AUGCGGAGAGGCGUCUUAAUCUUCCUUCUCGUCAACCUCCUUAUCCUGUCAUUCCUAGUCCGCAGCGUCUUCACCCUGUUAUCUUUGCUCGUGGAAGAUGCCUCGGCCGAUGCCAUCCACCGCGCGGAGCUUCCUUCGCCGAAUUCCAGUCUGAUCGAACAGCGACCGCAGGUCAUUCCCAAAAUUAUCCACCAAACCUACAAGAACGAGACUAUUCCCGAAGUGUGGAGGGAGGCCCAACAGAGCUGCAUCGACCUGCACCCGGACUACGAAUACAUUCUCUGGACGAACGAGAAGUCUCGUGAAUUUAUCGCUAACGAGUACCCGUGGUUCCUCGAUACUUUUGACGGCUACAAAUACCCGAUCCAGCGCGCGGAUUCCAUCCGUUACUUUGUGUUGGCGCAUUAUGGCGGAACUUACAUCGAUCUCGACGACGGCUGUAACCGUCGCCUUGACCCUUUGCUCGCAUAUCCCGCCUGGGUGCGUCGUACCGUGCCGACGGGCAUCUCAAACGAUGCUAUGGGAUCUGUCCCGCAGCACCCGUUCUUCCUACGAGUGAUCGAAUUACUGCAGUCCUACGACCGCAGCUGGUUGUUGCCCUAUAUCACAGUCAUGUACUCGACCGGCCCUCUGUUCCUCUCGGUGAUCUGGAAGGAAUACAUGCAGGAAAUGCCGAGCGAAGCUUCCCGGGUCCGGAUUCUCAUGCAGGAAGAAUACAACAAGUACUCGUGGAGCUUCUUUACCCACCACGUUGGCAACAGCUGGCAUGGCAAGGAUGCUCGUUUGAUCUUCUGGAUGGGACAACACUGGGUCUUCCUCACCUUCUGCGGCUUCUUUCUCGCCGGCGCCGUGGGAUUUUGCCUUUGGUGGAGCUACGGGCGAAUGCUGCUCUUGAGCUCCAAGUAUCGCUACCGAUACUCGAAAUUGCCGGCCUUCCUCACGGUUCCCGGCCUCUCGUCCCCUUCGCGCCGGUCUCGACGUGCCAUGCCCCCCUUGCUCCGCCGGGUUAGCUUCAAAGAAGACGAAGAAGCGGGCCCCAUCGAAACAUCUUACGAACUUUACAGCCGACGUGACUAA